AUGCUGCGCGAGCUCACCCUCGACCAGAUCAAUGACUGGUUCACCAUCGGCAAGACGGUGACCAGUGUGGAGCUGCUGGGCUCGCCGCCCGCCCUCCCGGCCGAGGUGGCCCGGGACGAGGCACAGCGCAGGGACGCGGUCCCAUCAGAGGCUCCAGAUGCGCAGGCCCAGCAGCCAGCAAAAGCCAAAAUCUUUGAAACUAGCCCCUGCCGGCCCUCUGCUUCUUCUGGCUGGCCCCUGAGCCAAAAGAGCUCAGAGACGGAGUAUAUUAACAAAUACAGAAAACUUGAAGCACAAGAGUUUAUGUAUGGCAGUGAUCGUUCAACCAGUGGGGCAGGCUGCAGGCCACCUUUAGCCAAAUCAAGCAGUGUGACGUGCAUCCCAGAGACAACCUAUAAAUAUCCUGAUUUGCCUAUAAAUCGAUGUAAGGAAGAGGUCAUUUCUUUGAUAGAAAGCAAUUCUGUGGUAGUUAUACACGGUGCCGCCGGUAGCGGUAAAAGUACUCGGCUCCCGCAGUAUAUCUUGGAUCAUUACGUCCAACGCUCUGCCCACUGCAACAUUGCGGUCACCCAGCCGCGGAAGAUCGGGGCCCGCAGCAUCGCCAGGUGGACCAGUCAAGAGCGGGCCUGGACUUUGGGUGGUUUGGUGGGCUAUCAGGUAGGGUUGGAGAAAAUAGCGACAGAAAACACCAAGUUAAUUUAUAUGACGACCGGAGUGCUGCUUCAGAAAACAGUCAGUGCUGAGAGUUUGAUGGAAUUCACGCAUGUCUUCAUCGAUGAAGUAAGUGAGCGAACUCAAGAAAUGGAUUUCCUCUUGUUGGUCGUCCGCAAACUCCUGAGAACAAAUUCACGUUUUGUGAAGGUAGUCCUGAGGUCAGCCACCAUCAGCUGUAAAGAGUUUGCAGAUUACUUUGCUGUUUCUGUUCAGAACAAGAUGAGCCCUGCUUACAUUUUUGAAGUGGAAGGAAAGCCCUAUUCCGUUGAGGAGUAUUAUCUUAAUGAUUUGGAGCACAUUUCAUCAUAUGCUGAAGAGAACAUCUUUGUGCAUGUGAAGGUAUAUCUUGAUAUUUUGGGCCAGGUAAUUCUGACCAAGACCUGGGCGGGCACCCCAUUUGUGUCAGAGCGGAGCAGUGUGUUGGUGUUUUUGCCAGGUCUGGGUGAAAUAAACUGUAUGCAUGAACUUCUCACAAACAUGGUUCAUAAAAGGUUACAGGUCUAUCCACUCCAUUCAGGUGUGACUUUGGAAGAACAGAAUAACGUGUUUUUAAGUCCAGUGCCUGGGUACAGAAAGAUCAUUCUGUCCACCAACAUUGCGGAGAGUUCUGUCACGGUUCCAGACGUCAAAUACGUUAUAGAUUUUUGUUUGACUAGAACUCUGGUUUGUGAUGAAGAUACGAAUUACCAGGGCCUGCGAUUGAGUUGGGCCUCUAAAACCAGUUGUGAUCAGAGAAAAGGCCGUGCUGGACGAGUGUCUAAAGGAUACUGUUACAGACUCAUAUACCAGGAUUUCCGGGACAGCUCCAUCCCCGACCAUGUCGUUCCUGAGACUGAUAAAAUAAUGCUGUUACUUCAUGAAAAUAAGUUUCUCUUCCAGGUUGUAUUGGCAGGUGCUUUUUAUCCAAAUUACUUUACUUGUGGGCACCCUGACGAAAAGAUGGCAGUGAGGGAGAUGGCGGGCAAAGACGCAAAGACAACCGUUGUGCUGAAGCACGUUCCUCCCUAUGGAUUUCUCUACUAUAAACAACUGCAGUCUCUCUUCAGACAGUGCGGCCAAGUCAGAUCCAUCGUGUUUGAUGGUGCAAAAGCCUUUGUGGAGUUUUUGCGCAAUCCAACAGACAGGUUUAAAACUCUUCCUGCAGUGUAUAUGGCCAUUAAGAUGUCUCAGCUGAAAGUUUCCCUUGAACUCAGUGUUCAUUCUGCAGAGGAGAUUGAAGGGAAGGUGCAAGGAGGGGCUGUUUCCAGGCUCAGGAAUACAAGGGUGAAUGUGGACUUCCAGAAGCAGACAGUUGAUCCUGUGCAACUCUCAUUUAACACGUUAGACAGAUCCCAGAUGAUUAGAGAUCUCCUCUUAACAAUUGCUGUUACAGAGGUGGUUGAAGUGGGGCACUUUUGGGGAUACAGGAUUGAUGAAGAAGGCUCAGAGAUUCUGAAAAAGCUGGCUGCUGAAAUCAGCCGUCUGAAGUUGGUGCCCUUGCCCGUUCACCCACAUCCAGACUUGGUCUGUCUGGCUCCUUUUGCUGAUUUUGAUAAAGAAAGCUACUUUAGAGCACAAAUCCUUUAUGUUUCUGGAAAUUCUGCCUAGGUGUUCUUUGUAGACUAUGGAAACAGAGCGCACGUAGCUCUGGAUGUCUUAAUGGAGAUUCCCCGUCAGUUUCUUGAACUUCCCUUUCAGGCUUUGGAGUUUAAGAUUUGCAGGAUGCGCCCAUCCGCGACGUGUCUGGUGUGCGGCGAGCACUGGAGCGGCGGGGCCAGCCGGCGCUUCUCCUCGCUGGUCGGUGGCCGUGCCCUCCUCGUGAAGGUCUUCUCCAUGGUGCACGGCAUCCUACACGUGGACGCGUACCUCCCCUCGGCGCUGCAGGACGCCGUCAACGUGCGAGACGUCCUCGUCAAGGAGGGCUAUGCUGAGCUGGCCGAGGAGCCCUAUGAGUCCAAGCAAAGCCAUGAAGUUCUCAAGGAUCCCUUUUCCAAAUCAGUAGAAUAUGGGACAGACAUGUCCAUGCCAUCCCCCUUGAAAGACGACGAAAAGUAUCUGAUCCGGAUUUUGUUGGAGAGCUUUUCUUCCAAUAAACUGGGUAACCCAAACUGCAAGCUGCACAGACUGAUUGUCCUCAACUCCUAG